CUAUAACUCGCUCUCUCACUUGACGGUGGACACCGGCGUGUGGCGGACGACCAGGGUGGCGGUAGUAGUGUUCCUUGCUAGUCCCUGCUCCACACCACCACCAUGGCCCCUACAGUAGCGGUGCCGGCGCCAGCACCACCACCACCUGCGGACGUUGGCAUCAACGCCGUGCUGCUGGGUCCACCUGGCUCAGGCAAGGGCACUCAGGCUCCAAGAUUGAAGGAGCGUUACUGUGUGUGUCACUUGGCAACAGGCGACCUUCUCCGAGCUGAGGUGGCAUCUGGAUCUGAUCUCGGCAAACGAUUAAAGGGAAUCAUGGAUGAAGGGAAACUGGUGAGUGACGAGUUAGUGGUAAGUAUGAUUGAGCAGAACCUCAACAAGCCGGAGUGCAAGAAUGGCUUCAUCCUUGAUGGUUUUCCACGCACUGUCAUCCAAGCUGAAAAGCUUGAUGACAUGUUGGAAGUACGGAAACAGAAGCUGGACUCGGUUAUAGAAUUUGGCAUUGAAGACAGUCUUCUGGUACGUCGUAUCACCGGCCGACUCUUUCAUGCACCAUCUGGUCGGUCAUAUCAUGAAGAAUUCUACCCUCCUAAAACUCCUAUGACUGAUGAUAUUUCUGGAGAGCCCCUAAUCAGAAGGGCAGACGACAACCCUGAAAUAUUAAUGCGAAGAUUGGCAGCAUAUCACAAUCAAACAUCUCCCCUUGUUAGUUACUAUGCUAAGAAAGGCAUUCAUCACCGGAUAGAUGCUUCCCGGCCUGCAGCCGAGGUUUUCACUGCUAUUAACACUAUCUUUGAAAAUGCUAAGAGUAAGGACAAAGUGAUGUUUCUAUAAGGACCAGAGUUUGCAUCCAGUCUAGGAGUGAAAUAAUGUGGUCAUUAUUAGCAGAAGUUCCAUACAGUUCCUGAGACAACCAGCAGAAUUGACUGCCAUUAAUAAAAGUUUACAAUUUGGGUAAGGAAUGGUGUAGCUGUUGCUUGCAGCUGCCUUCAACCAGCGGAUAUAACUGCCAGUGUUGUUAAGGUUGAUUACUGUUUGUUCUGUAAAAAUUAAAGACAGCAAGAUAGGAUAUAAGGGAGUCUAAGUAACUUAAAAUUCAUUAUUGGUCUUCAAAAUAGUAUCUACACCUGAUCAAAAAUAUGUAUAUGUAUGUAUAUUUAUGUAUAAAUAAUUGAAAUGUAUAUGUAAAUAUACUGAUCUACAGUGAUAGGGUGUGGAAAGUGUAAUUUCAGGUCAGUUGAGUUUUACUUUAAACUGUAAUAUAGAAAUCUUUCUCCCAUAUUUUUAACUUGCAUAUUUAUAGUAGGCUAGUUAUGAAAACCCUAGUUACAGGGGGUUAAUUGUGUGUACCCCGUGUGUGUCUCUCUCUCUGUGUGCUGCUUACAGCAUUCAGUGAUAACUUGUACAAAGAGUUGUUUUUAGUGAACAUGACAAGGCAUGUAAAUAAUUUAUAUUGUACAGGGAUUAUGGGGUAAGGUGUAAAUGGCAGAUAUAUUUUUAAUUUUGCUUUAACAGCAGUGAAAAGCAAGCUUACCAGAUUCCAAAUUUAUGUAUAGCUACUCUUAUCAUCUUUCGAAACUGGUUCUAGACCCCUUCUGGUGGCGUGUAUAUUAGUGCAUUUAUUGAAUCUUCUGUCAUUGUGUGAUUUGGAUCAAAUUCAUAAAAUCCAAUGGUAUCUACUUGUAUCUCAAUUUCAAUAAUAAGCUUUGUUGAUAGCAUACUUUUUAGCAUUGUCACUGGUAUAAAAUUUCAUUUGUUUUUUUAAUUGAAUUGACUAUGGUAGUAUCUCUCUCUCUUGGUGAUAUCAGGCAAAUUCAUGUUCUGAUUUGUCAAAAGUAUAGCUAGUUAUUAAUGUUGUCUUGUCACUUCUAAGUUUUUGGUCAUCUCUGCAUUAACGAGUUUGAAGAUUCAAGUACAGUACUCUAACUUUUAAUUUCUACUCGUGUUGCAGUUGUCAUAAAAGCCAGUUGCUUGACUGGAGAAAAGAACCAAAGUGACAUUUGGUUUCCUUGGCAUGUUUGUGUUUAUAAACUGCCAGAUAGAUAUAAAAGGAAUGGAAAACUAUAACAGGUAGAUGAUACUCCCUGAAAGAAUGGUUUUGUUUGAAAAAAAAAGUUGCAGACUAUAAGCAGCAGUGAGUUUGGCAAAAGUUACAUAUCAGCAGGAUGAAGGUCCAUUACUACCUAUUUAUGGUAGGGUUUUUCAGCAGGAAGAAGACUCGCGUAAUCUUCCCACGGAAAACAUUUUGGAAUAAUCCUAGUACAGUAUUCAAAAAAAUUAUAAAGUCUCUGGUCUUCUAUUGCUUUUAAAAAAAUGUACCUGUUUUGAUUUAGGGUGUUGUGUAAUUGAAUAUGGUUGUCCUAGUGAAUUAUGGUUACGUCUGUUUAAACAUGUUUAGCACUAUGUGCUUUUGAAUGAAAUAAAAGAUAUUUGAUAA